AAAAUAGUUCAACAAUAAUAAUCAAACGAGCAGCAAUACUAGUUAAACUACCAUUCAAGCUGUCUUACCCCCCAGCCUAAUAAUAAUAAUAAUAAUAACAAUAACAAUAUUCCUCUGUAGUGCGCAUACAGGGACCGACCUCCGAUUUACCCUUUACCCACAUCCCCCGCCAUUUUCCUGGCCAUGGACUCCGGCGGGGUACACCGAUCAACCUCCCGUCCUCGCCCUUCAUCCCGACCUACAACCCCGCUUCGACCAGGCUCACGGACCUCGAUUCGAGAUUCGCACGCGUUCGGAGGAAGCUGGAAUCAAGAUGGUGUCUCCCAACCGGCUGUGAACGCCCUGGAGCCUCAGUUUGCAGAGUUGGCAGAUUCCAUGGCAGAUCUCGAGGCCAAUUUCAUGCAUCUCCAGCUGAUGCAUGAGAGCUUGUCGCGGUUUAAUGAGAGCUUCGCGAGCUUCCUGUAUGGAUUAAAUAUGAAUGCUUUUUGUGUUGACUUCCCUGAGGCGCCCAUUCCAGAUUCCUUCAAGAGAGCGAAGCAAGCAGAAGACUCAGUGACCGUGAACGAACCAUUGACAGCAACAGAACAUGACGGUGAAACAACCUUCAUGACCACUGACACCUCGUUUGUCGAUAACCCUCCUAUAUCAACUAAAACGAGUUCAAAAUACUCAACACCCGCUCCCUCAGCCCGCGGUACUAGCCAAUCUAGCCGUGGUUCAACCGGAGGCCGCUAUUCGACUAGAGGUUCAACGCGCGGCCGAACCAGCGGGCUUGUAAGGCCACGAGCUCGCGGAAUUCGGUAGUGAACAAAGAUUCCUGACACUUCAUUGUCUGGGAACGCUCAUAUACCCAAAGAUUUUCUACCUUCCAACCGAAAUCUGUUCUCUUCGUGCAAGCAAGGGAGCUGUUCAACGCUCCCACUAGGAUGUGCAAAAGCCGUACGCCCGUUUUCCGCUAGUUGGCUAUCCUAACAGCUCAUGUAGCGCUUGCAGAUUGAGCGAAAGGAAGGCUACACGGCCGGCGUCGAUAUGGCAGCAGAGAGAUCGAAACUUGACUACCAAACCCAAUGAUUCCCGGCUACAUGUCCAUGCGCUCACGAUAUGCUAAUUCAAGCUAAGAGCUGCUUGAUUAGAUUACUCUCCCCGUUGGAUAAGCUUUUUGGAAAUUUACGGCGAAUCCAUUAAUAGAUAAUCGUGGCUAUUGAUGGUUCACGCCAUGCACAAGCCCCAAGGAAGUGCAAUAGCCGCCACUGUUUCCAGUUUCCUAUUUUCUGAAUUUCCCAUUCCAUAUACGCUAAGCAGCGGGUUUUGUGGGUUUAGCUAGACUUGAGAAGUAGCUGGCAGAUCUAAUUACUGCAGGUACCAAAGUUUAUUAUAAGACUCAUGUGUAUUUAGAAAACUCAUAAUAUGACACCAAUUGUAUGGAUAUAAAUGACCAACUCAGUAGAAAUGUGACACCCAUGAAUAAACUAAAACAUAAGCUUCCAA